AUGUCUGACACGCCCGAAGGUAUUAUUGAGUAUACCUACGACAAGAUUGCAGAACAGUACCUGCAGUGGGUCGAAAGCCAGACACUACUGCGACAAAGAUACGCCAAGAUCCUCCUAGACAAACUACAACCAUCACCUUCCAUCCUAGAGCUCGGUUGUGGUCCCGGAAUCCCAAUUGUGAAAAUGCUUCUCAACGAAGGCGCUCAAGUGGUCGGAAAUGACCUUUCAACCAAGCAAAUCGAGAUGGCCAAGGCCCGUUGCCCAGGAGCCAAGCUGAUUGCUGGUGACAUGACUUCUCUCACUUUUGAGCCUGCGACCUUCCAUGGCGUAAUCAGCUUCUAUACCCUGUUCCACCUUCCGCGGUCGAAGCUCAAGGCCAUGCUCACCGAGAUUUAUGGCUGGUUGAAGCCCGGGGGUGUCUUCGUUUUCAAUCUCGCGACUUUCGAUGAAGAAGAAAUCCAUGGCGAACACUUAGGAUAUGGGAUGUUCUGGAGCAGCUAUGGCGUGGAUGAGAAUCGGACAAUGAUAUCAGAAAUUGGAUUUGAUGUAUUGCAGGAGGAUGUCUUGUCGGAAGAAGUAUUGCCGGAGGAAAUAUUGCAGGCACGAGAUGGGAAGCUGGAGGAGACUGAUUCAGAUGAUGCCAAGUUUAUGUGGGUGGUAGCACGAAAGAAAGAAUUGCAAAGAUUAUGA